UGUUCCUGAUCACCUUUUUGAUGCUUACGAUUCCCACCUAAGAUAGCCGAUGAUGAUAAAUGAGCCUCAUGCUUCUCGGAGACGUCAGAUCCUCUCUCAGUACCCUCAGAUUAAAGAGCUUUUUGGCCCUGACCCUUGGGCUCUUCUCAAGGUUACUCUUGUUGUUCUGCUUCAGCUUGGAACUGCUACUUUGCUCCGCAAUGCAGGCUGGUUGAAGAUCCUUGCAAUAUCCUACUUCUUUGGCUCUUUUCUCAACCACAAUCUCUUUUUGGCCAUCCAUGAGCUCAGCCACAAUCUGGCCUUCUCUACUCCAGUCUACAACCGUUGGCUUGGAAUAUUUGCCAACCUUCCUAUUGGUGUGCCCAUGUCCGUCACAUUUCAAAAGUAUCACCUUGAGCACCAUCGUUUUCAAGGAGUGGAUGGCAUUGACAUGGACAUUCCAAGCCUCACUGAAACCCAUCUUGUGAAAAAUGUAGUUGCAAAAUCCAUAUGGGUGAUCUUCCAACUCUUCUUCUAUGCUUUCCGACCUUUGUUUCUCAAACCAAAGCCCCCUGGUUUUUGGGAAUUUCUUAACUUCACUAUUCAGAUAUCUCUUGACAUGGCCAUGGUUCAUUUUUGGGGCUGGAAAUCUCUUGCUUAUUUGAUCCUUUCCACAUUUGUUGGUGGUGGGAUGCACCCAAUGGCUGGUCACUUCAUCUCAGAACACUAUAUUUUCAAGCCUGACCAAGAAACUUAUUCUUACUAUGGCCCCAUGAAUCUACUAACAUGGCAUGUGGGGUACCAUAAUGAGCACCAUGAUUUCCCGAGAAUUCCGGGACACAGGCUUCACAAGGUGAGGGAGAUUGCACCGGAGUAUUACGAAGGUUUGGCCUCAUAUAAAUCUUGGAGCCAGGUUAUUUAUAUGUAUAUUAUGGACAGAACGGUUGGACCUUUUAGCCGGAUGAAGAGAAAGGCACCAGCAAUGAAGAAAUGUGAAUAGGUGCCCUAGGUUUACCUUUCAGUCAUUCUUUUGUGCCCUUAGUCAAAGUGAGUUACUUCAUUAUUUAUUUUUAAUGCUAUUGUUUGUAUAAUUCUUGAGGAAUGUAGCAUUAGACUGAAAAGAACCGAGUCACCUAUGUAGUUUUACACAAUUCUUCCUGUUUGCUGAUUUUUGUAGCAGAAUUGUGGGAUACUACCAUUUUUGCUCUUGAUCUCCCGUGUGGAUCAAACAACAU